GGGAUCUCUAUACGGACCUACUUCGCCUUUGGAAUCGCGGAUCCGGUCACUAGCCCAUGCCCUUGCCACACGGUCGCUUCGCACUUGCUCUUUCACAUACGCAUACAUCCACUGUCACCUCCUUUUGCCAUCUUGUCGAUCUCCCCUCUUUUCGAAUCCAUCAUGUCCCAUCACCAGCCAAUGAUGUUGGCUACUGGCCCGUCCCUGGGAAACGUCCGACCUAUAACCUCCCCCUCUCGAUCCUCCACUAGAGUCGCCGCGCUGCAAAUAUGGAAUGUAUAAAGGUCUAACAGCACGCGAAGUAGGCAUAUCAACCGAUUCAUCCCGCCGCAUGCGUAUGUACCUAUCGAUGACCUCGCCUGGUGAUUGACUUACACGCCUUCUCGAACUACAAUGCCAGGUCUCACGACUCAACCCCGUGUUUUGACCUAGAAACCGCGGCCAAUGCCUCCCCCGCAGGAUAGGCAGGUUGGCACGAUGGCGAGCACGGGGGAUAAAUUACAAGGCACCCAAGUGCCACCGGUCGGUAAUGGACACCCAAUGCUACGACGAACUUUCCUUGAGAAGUCGGCUGCUCUUUAUCACCACCAGCUUGCCCAAGCCACUUCCAUGAAGAGCUCACCCGCUUGUCACUCGUCAGGAGCGAGCCGCGAAACCGGCCAGAGCGACCCCACGAAAUGGUUCGACCGAUCGAACCGGAAACCUCCGGCAGCAUUCUACGCAAGAAACGUGGAUAUUGACCCACCCUUCUUCCAAAAGGAUACUGCUUCGUCAAAUGAAGAAACCCCAGGGCUUGACGGCGCCCGGACCAGGCACACAACAUACCCCUUCAUGCCAGCCGGCCUCCAGGUUCCCCCCCUCCGACCGGGCGUCACACAUAGUAGUAGCGCGGACGAUUACCGGAGCGUCAUUGACGACUUGACCAUCGAGAACAAGCGACUGAAGGAGGAAUUGAAGAGAUAUAAGCAGGCUGGGCCCGAGACGUUGAGGAGAGAAAAGCUGUUCGAGGUCAAGGUGCAUGGCCUUUCAAAUCAAAAUAAAAGGGAAUUGGAGGCCUUGCUUCACAACUUCACUUCCAGUCUUGAUGCCUCUAUCGAGGCGCAGUCUCAGUCGCAAAAGCCUGGUAGGGGCGAGGAAACCACGGACUCCUCGGGAGAGGCUCGAUCCAAGGGUGCUUUGUCGUCUUCGGCACAUUCCCGGCCCGUCGACUCAGCUUAUGCCUCCGCGUCGACAGCGCCGAGCUCCGCCCCGAAAAACCUGUCGGGCACUCCCCUCGUGCGAUUAUCAGGGACUCCGAAAGCCAGGUCGCCGUCGGAUCAGGAAAUGGAGAGCUAUCUUGAAGAUACACCCGGCGGCCUGCUCCCACGACAUAUGACAAUGACCGACAAGGAAAAGAAGAAACUUGUCGUACGGCGCCUUGAGCAACUGUUUACCGGGAAGAUCGGUGGCCGGAACGCCCACCGCACGCAGCCGAUGCCAUCGUUUGAGGCACCGGCUCAGACGGACACAACGGCGAUGGCUCCACCGCAGAAUCCCAAAGCAACCAGGGAGGCUCGUAUUCAGCUACAUCACCUAUCGCAGAAGAAGAGUGGUUAUUCGUGGGGAAAUACUUCUGGAUCUAAUUCGGACGAUCCAACCGAGUCAGGGAGGAAUGGAAGGGGUGACAAGGGCGGAAGCGGGAACGGCAACGGGAAUGGGAACGGGAACGGGAACAGGAACAGGAGUGGGGGCACAUCUUCGGCAUCGGUGCCGCCUCCGGAGCAGCGCCCGACGAGACCUCGCGAUCUCGAUCCGGACCGUGUGCAGAUUCCUUCAGAGAACAUGAAUUACAUCCGACACCUGGGCCUGGAUCCAAAUGAACCCCUUUCUGGAAAGAGAACCCGUUAUCAGGACGUCUCACCCGAUGCCGACGGCUGGGUUUAUCUAAACCUCCUUUGUAACCUGGCUCAGUUGCACAUGAUAAACGUCGCCCCAAGCUUCAUUCGAUCCGCCGUGAGCGAGAAGAGUACGAAGUUUCAGCUUUCGCCCGACGGUCAGAAGAUACGGUGGCGAGGAGGUACAGAUGGCACGAGAUUCAGCAGCGACAGCAGCGGCGCAAACUCGCAGAAAAGCCCUUCGACUGAUGACACGGAUGAUUCGAACCACGCGGGCCAAAGGAAGAAACUAAAGCUGGGCACGUCAGGAGAUGGAUUGACUUCGGCAUCGUCCAGCGAGGAAGCGACCUUUGGACGCCAAGCAGCCUCUGGACCAACCGAUUACUUUCACUACAAGCCAAUCUUCGUGCGCCAGUCGUCUUCUCUCGAGACCUCACUCGACGGGAGCGGGUCGCAGACAUCAUUCGGCGGUAUUGAGGACAGCAGAACCAGAAACGACUCUCGUUGGGAUUUUAGCGCGACGGGCUCGUCUCAAGCAAGAAAGCGCCGUCGUGACGGUGCCAUCAUCUACUAUAAGGGAUUGCCGUUCUGCACAGACCUAUCAGGAGACCCUGUAGACGGGCUUCCGGAAACCCGCAUGGCGCCGACCAGUCAAGAGCAAAUCCCUGACCAGCCGGUCCUGCCAAGGUCAGCGUCGGGCCUCUCGAUUCCGAUCCGGUCAUUGAGUGAUGACCAGGCUAUCUUCGAAGAAGCCAUGGACGAGGAAUCGGCAGCGAGUGCUCGGGACUUGGCUAUUGAAAAGUGGGACUCGGGGAGCGACGGUGAAUUCGACUUUCCAUGGUGCGACGAACCGCAGACGGUUCAUCUACGCCCUAUCGAGUCCGCCCCCCUGGAACCAUGUGGUCUUGGUGGUGUUAUGCCCGAAGACCACUUUGUGGUUGCCGUCACGACGCGCAGGCCGAUUUGUUGUGGAGCUAAGGGGAGUCAGCGUCGUCGGAUAUCUCAUUGCAGAUCCCCCGUUGCCGCCAAGUCGAUUGCUGGCUGGCUUGCAAGGAUGACGACAGCUUCACCGGCCCUGGCAACCCGGGGCUCCCGCGGUACAACCGUCAAGAUUGACUAUUUGUCGGCAAGGGCCCGCAGACUCAAACCAGUGCCACUACCUCUGCCGACAAUGUACUUCCCGCCGUCGACGUCCGAUUCCGAUUCCGACACGGAUGACGGCAAUGACCGGCUCGACUCUGAAGACGAGGAUUCCGGCCUGGACAUGUCGUCCAAUGUACUUACAUCGCAGCGUGCCAAUACUUACCGAUCGGAGAACACAUAUCCAGAUGGCCAGGAGCUAUCGUCAAAUGAUGAGGAAGAUGAGGAGGAUGAGGAGGAUGCGGAAGAUGAGGACGGGGAGGUCGAAUCAGACAGCGAAGAUGACUCGAGCGUUGAAAGAUGAGGACAUGUGGCAGAAGUCUCUACUUUCCCACUAUUGCAUUAUAGGAGUUUCGGAAGGAUUGGAAAUAUCUUUAAAAUAUUGAUACCAGGCAUCUUACGAGCUUGUUUCUAUGUCAGAAAAGAAAAGGCAUCGGGGCCACGGGUUAUGGACUUACGACUCGAAAAGCAUUGGACAACCCUGGCGUUAGGGGUGCUUUCAUUGACCCAACCUGGUUAUAGUGAAUUGAAG